AUGGUGCUUAAGUAUGCCAAUGAGGAGCGUCUCUGCGUGCCAUGUGACCCUGCUUUGGGCUGCAAGGCCUGCAAUCGACAAGGCACUGCUUGCACGAGUUGUUUGGAGGAGAAAUUCUUUUGGAAAGGAGUUUGCUCGGAUGCCUGUCCGUUGCGAACCUAUCCUCCGGCCACUGGCAACAAAUGCCUGAAAUGCGCCUUGGACAGCUGUUGGACCUGUGAAGGUUCUGCCAAGAACUGCACCAGCUGCGAGGCGCGGAAACAACUGCUUCUGGACGAAAACGAAUGCGUUGGGAGCUGCCCCAGCCGAAAAUAUGCGGUGGACGGCACAUGCCAAAGAUGUGACCUUUCUUGCAAGAGCUGCGAAGGCUCCGCCACGAGUUGUACGAGCUGUACUGCCGAGCAGGUCUUGGAUGAGAGCAGCUGUGUGGAUAGUUGCCCUGCGGGGAAGUUCGAGUUGAAGGGCAAAUGCCGACCUUGUGCUACCUCAUGCGCAACUUGCAGUGAGACAGCUGAGUCAUGCACCGCUUGCACGGGCGAGUUGCUACUGGUGGAGGAGAAAUGCCAAAGCAGCUGCCCCAAGGGCCGCUUCGCCAAUGGCAAGGUUUGCGAGGUCUGUCACGAAACCUGCGCCACAUGCACAGGCAAUGCAACCCACUGCACCAGCUGUACGGAAAAGACCUUCAAAGAUGCGGCCACGUGCGUGGACGAAUGUCCAGCUGGCAAGUACGCCGCUGGCAAGGUGUGCGAAGCCUGCAACGAAUUGUGCAAGACUUGUGCCACUGGUCCGGCGACAUGCAGCAGCUGCUUUCAGGAUCGCGUCCUUGAUGGUGACAAGUGCCUUGCAAGUUGUCCCCUGGGAAAGUAUGUGGAGUACCAAGGGCCUCAAAGGAUUUGCCGCGCAUGUAACAAGUCAUGCGGGACUUGUGACGGCACAGCCAGCAAUUGUACCAGCUGUCCCGAGGGCGCCGUGUUGGAUGGGUCCACCUGCAAAGUGUCGUGUCCGAAGGGAAAGUUCCCAGAUGCUCAGCGAGUCUGUCAGAACUGCAAUGCAACCUGUGCGACCUGUGCUGGAGAUGCCAAUUCUUGCCUCACGUGCAACAGCGGUGACUUCCUGGAUGAAUCCAGCUGCGUGAACCCCUGCCCUGAUGGCAAGUUUCCGGAGGGCAAGGAUUGCCGCGUAUGCAGUACUUCUUGUGCUACCUGCGCCAUUUCGGCCAACAACUGUACCUCCUGCAAGGCAGAUGACGUGAAGGACGGCAACAAGUGCAUCAAGGAGUGCCCUGCUGGCAAAUUCGAACUGGAACGAAGCUGUCUUGCAUGCAAGAAGCCCUGCUCUGCUUGUAAAGGCGCUGCUGAUUAUUGCACCGAGUGCCAUGAAAGCCUCAACAUGGUGGCCCAUGAAGGUCAAUGCAUUUGUCCCAAAGGCACCUACUGGGGCGGUGAGACCUGCAUGGACUGCGAUAAGACCUGCAGCACCUGCGGGGGAGCUGCGCAAAACUGCACUUCGUGCCACGAAUAUGCCAUGUUGCAAGGCUCCUCCUGCAUUUGUCCCAAUGAUAUGUUCCAAGCCAAAGAUGGCACCUGCGUCCCUUGCGCCCCCACCUGCAAGACCUGUGCUGGCAAUUCCUCCACAUGCACUAGCUGCCACGCGACGCAGCACCGAAGUCUACAGGAUGCGCAGUGCGUUUGUCCCAAGG